AUGCUAGAAUAUCAGCAGCUGAACAGUGAAGAGGAUUUUUCAACUGGAAGUUUUGACAUGCUAGAAAAUGUUGGCAUGACCUCUGCUCAGAGAGGAAACUUCUCAACAGUUUUUAAUGCUCAGAGUAAUGAAACCUCAGUUGAAAAGCACUCUCUGCUAAGAUGCCUCUCACUAGUUCAUGCUGACCAAGAAGACACAGCAUCAGUUUCAGGAAUCUCUGAACUUCUUAAGGUUACUGAAGAACCUCAAGCGCAGAUUUUAAAACAUGAUCUAGAGAUACCACCUCAAGCCAAAAUCACAUCAAUACCACUUUCUUCCUUCCCACCUAAAAUGCAGCAACUAAUGUCAGCUAGAGCUAAAAAUGUCUCUGAAGUAAGGCAGGCUACAGAAAUACCAACUGUAACUUAUGUAUGGCCAGUAAUAAAGACGGAAGACGCUUUCAGCCCCCUUUGGGACAUUUUUCCAAAGUCUUUAAUACCAACCAGCCCAAACUUAACAAGACACUGUUCUAGUCCUGACGUAGUAAUUGAAGAUGUGAAAUGUUCCCAAAUAACCCCAGUGAAACAGCUUGCACAAGAAGAGCUAGACAGAAAGAUGACAAGAUCAUAUCCUGUUAUUGUAAAGUCAUCUAGCAGUGUUGUUUCAGGAAUUUUAAAAUCACUGACCAAUAUCAAGAAUAAGGAUUAUAAGAAUAUGUUACCACUUUCAUCUAUCAGUCCUAUUGGAGAGCAAAUGGAAAUUCCUCUCUUUAAGGAAAAUGCUAUAGCGAUAUAUAAUGGGCAAGUCUACUUUCUGUGUGUAAUGAGGCCUGAAGCUCUGUUACCAGAAAUGGAAAUACAUGGCUGUGAUAUGUUGCUUAGGAAGACCACAGUUUGGGUCAUUACAUGUAGUGCUAUCCGUGAUGUAACAAUCAAAGUUCCACAUCCACUGCUGUCAAGACAGGAUGUUGUAAAACGGAACAUAAAUUGUCUUACAACCCUUGCUACCCCCCCCCACCAAGAUAAAACUUCAAAUGCAACACAUUUCUCUUCACACAAGAUGACUACCAUCUCUCAGACUGAGCAGUGCACCCCUUCUACUGGGAAAAGACAACAGUUCCUCAACAAGACUGCAUUCCCACCCAAAGAAGGCUGGCAAAAAAGAAAUGAGAAAGAAGCCCACUGGGAAGCUGACGAUCAGCUAAGAAAGAAAUUUGGUAUUGUUCAAGAUGUAAGAGUCCAUCUCAACAGGAUAAGUCUCCUUGAGCUUAUAGAGGAUUCUAGCAAAGCUGCUGCGCUUAAAUGGAAGGUAACCACCAGGACAAAGAAAUGGCAAAAAGUGCCAAAGUUCCUCAACAAGACUGCAUUCCCACCCAAAGAAGGCUGGCAAAAAAGAAAUGAGAAAGAAGCCCACUGGGAAGCUGACGAUCAGCUAAGAAAGAAAUUUGGUAUUGUUCAAGAUGUAAGAGUCCAUCUCAACAGGAUAAGUCUCCUUGAGCUUAUAGAGGAUUCUAGCAAAGCUGCUGCGCUUAAAUGGAAGGUAACCACCAGGACAAAGAAAUGGCAAAAAGUGCCAAAGCUCAGUGCUCUGCAGCCUACCUCUCCUCCAGCACAGUGCAGGAACUCCGGAUCUGCAUGUGCCUGGGUGUCCUUCCCACUGCGACUACCCCAAGGGCAAUGGGUCACCUUUGCUGCAGGAGAUGAGUUUGGAUUUGAAGGACCACAUUGCCACCAGGAUCUGUCAUGA